UUGGCAAUUCGAAAAGUGUUGGCAGCAAACUCUGAUCAACAAGUGCUGGAGGUGAAAAGUGCAGAAAGUUGAGCAAAAGUUCACAAAGUUUUGGAAAAUAUUCCAAAUUAGAAAAGACAUUGGAAAAAUUUGAAAAUUAACACAGUUUUAAGUGCCGGAUUUUUGGAUCUAAAUUUGCUUGAAAAUGUGGUACAUGAAGUGCAGUUGGACUUUGUUGGUUUUUGUGGCACUGUUUGCCCUGGUGACAGGUUCCUGCCUGGAAUACGGACAUUCCUGUUGGGGAGCUCACGGCAAGCGUUCCGGUGGCAAGGCAGCAGUUGCUGCAGCCAAGACUGUCGGCAAUCCUCUGGCGGUGGAAACUCUGGCUGAGCAGCUCUAUAACAACAACCACAACAACAACAACAACCCUGAAGACACCGAUGACGACGCCAACACCAACAACAUCAGCCUGAACAACAUGCCCUCGAGAGUCGCUGCUUUGCCUGCACAAAGUGGCGACAACGAGGAACGGAAUAGGAACCAUCGCAGUCAUGAGGCCAACGAUCUGAAGUGGACGCAACUGAUGAGGCAACAGCAUCGAUAUCAACUGCGGCAGCAGCAGCAGGAGCAGUCACGACGCAGUCACGCAGCCGGUGGCAGAGGCGGCGGACAGUACGAUGCAGCCGCUGAGAGUUGGCGCAAAUUGCAGCAGGCCCUCAUAAUGGCCCAAGCCCAAGCCCAGGUCGAGGCUGAGGCUGAGGGAGAGGACGAGGCUGAGCAGCAGCAGCAGCAACAGACUCUCAGCGAACUCUAUGAACUCAAGAAGUGAACAUUGCCCCUCCCCAGGCGUAUACUUAAUUAAAUUGCCAAAACUAUGCGGAAAAGCGACUAAGCAAAAACAAAGAACAAAACAGAAGAUGAAACGAUAUUUAUUGCACCACCAUCAUCAUUGCAUGUUGGCCAGCAAUUAAGAAUAAAUUGCAAAUAAUUAAACAGAUCAUAUCGGGAGAGAGAGAGAGAGCGCGAGAGCAGAUCAGGUUAAUUGGGGGGGGAGGAGUGUUCCAUUUUAUUGAAUUCAAAAUGUAAAUGAAACCUUUGCGUAGAAUUUGUUGUUGUUGGUUUUUAUUAUUACAUACAUACAUACAUGCAUGCAUAUACACAUACAUAUAUAUGUAGAACACACCUCACAACUGAUCGAACAGAUCAGUGGGCGGGUGGGGGGUUUGGGUUACUCUUCAGGCACAAUAUUGCGUCACUGGCUGGAUGCCGCAAUAUUGGCACACACAUCAAGAACUUUGCUUUGCUUUCAUUCACUUAACCGUACUUAAUCCCUAACUUACUAUGAUAUGCAAAUAUGCAGAUUUUAAGAGAUUCAACCUUAAUAAACGCUAACAUCGCUUAACAAUCUCUUUGAUCUCUGUCUAGGCUUUGAUUUUGGCGGGUAUCUGGAAGCAGGCCGCAUCGCCCUGCUUGUCGCCUAGUCCCCAGUGGAUCUCCAGGCUGACGGUGGGGUAA